GUCAAUAACAACGCUCAACGCUAAGAAACUCAAUUCUACAAAAUUUUUGAAUUGGUUAAUUUAUAUUAAUAAUAGCUCAGUAUUAAAAGUAAUAUUGUAUACGAGAGAGAAAGGAUAAUAACGCUUGCUAGGGAAUAUAUUUAAUGUGAUAAACGAAUAUUUUAUUAAAAAACAAGAUAUGAUUAUUUUAGUUGAAUAAUGAGUGAUAGUAUACGAUAUUUGGAUGAAGAACCUGGGGAAAGGUUGAACGGUAAAAGGAAAUCUGGGAAUCUUCACAAAGGGAGGAGUAUCGUUCCUCUUCGAUCUACAAUUCCAACGAAAUAUCAAACUGUUGUAAUUAGUAACAGCGAACAAAGAGGAUUCUGUUCCCAAGCUAAACGAUUCAAUUAUGAAAAUCAUUUAACAGAAGGUCCAGGACCUGGAAAUUACGUUGGACAUUCGGAAGCGGAAACAAAGUCUACAUCUUUUUCGAAAAAGGGUACGGGAGGUUUUGCGUCCAAAAGUAGACGAAUUAGGAGGGAUUUAGCUGAAAACCAUCCAGGAGUUGGAUCCUACAAAUUACCUGCAACUCUCAAGUCGAGACACGAUUUUUCCACAUCAAAUACUAGUUCUUUUCACAGGCCAGUUGUUUCUGGGACCAGAGAGCCAAACUCGCUUCCAGGACCAAAUAUUUAUAAAACUGCGACUGCGGCAAAAUGGACGAAUAAAACAAAUAACGUUUCCGGAGAUGCUGCUUUUAAAUCGAAAUCAAAGCGUGAACUACUUGUAUUGAAAGAUUCGGAUAGAGUUGCCCCUACCCAAUACGACGUAAAGGAUACUUUGCAAAGGCAAUCGGUUAAGAUUCCAUUUUCCAGUUUUAAAUCCAGAACUCGAAGACAAAUGGCUCCAACACCACCAAAAAUACCAGGUCCUGCUGACUAUUCUCCCGGUGAAAAAGCUGAUAUGAAUAAAAAGUUGGGAUUUCCGAAGCAGCAUUAUCUUUGUAUAAGUGCUCCGGCUAUGCCCUUACCAGAAACUCCACCUCUUCCAGGACCCGGUCAAUAUGAUAUUAAAGGCCAAAUAGAAACUGAGAAGCAUUAUAUGACCCAUUCUGCAUUUGUUAGCUCGUCUAGCCGAUGGAAUAGUCAAGCAAGAAAUCCAGAUUUCCCUGGGCCAGCUCAUUAUCACCCGGAUGGUACCGUGCAAAGCAAACAAUCAUUCCUUUACAAUGCGCAACAAAAAUGGAUUUGUUGA